AUGAUACAAGAGCUUGAGUACCACGAGGACACGUUUUCAGUGUGCUGUACCCUCUUUGAGGACAUUGAAUACAUUGUCAAGCGCGUCGUCGACACCAGCCCUCACCCCAGCGGAGCAUCAGUCCCACGAUUGUUUGAAUGCAACUGCCACAAGUUUCUUGAGAAGCGCAAUGCACCUCAGGAGGCCAGCCGGACAUGCAGGCACAUCGAGGCUGUGAAACGGCACGUCUUCAAAAUGAUCCCCGAGCGCAAGCGGUUGCCUUCACAGAUACCAGCUGUCCGGGAUGUUUCACCCGAGGCAGUUCGCGAGGCAACCAUCAAAGGUGCUUCGGAAGUGAUUGAUAUUCUUGAGACUUUGAAGCUGAAAUUUGAGCAAGUGAUUGAAGUUUGUCGUCAGCAAAAUGCGCCGCCCUGUCUAGGAUUGGUAGACGAGUGCAAGCGCAAGCUGAACGAGAUGGGACUGGGCGUUGGAGGUUUCGUGCAAAUGCAACGCAUCCAGAAUGGAGCCACUGCAGGCAAUGUCGUAGCUGAUGAGUACAUUGCCGAUAUCAGCAGCGAAAACGCGCUGGGGACAAUGGAUCACGACGGUCCAUGCAGCCAACUUGAUGUCGAGGACAAUGUCGGCACCAACAUGAUGAACAGCGAUGACGACGAUAGCGAUGACGACGAUAGCGAUGUCGACGAUAGCGAUGACGACGAUAGCGAUGUCGACGAUAGCGUUGACGACUAUGAUGAGUUUGCGCCCUUUUGCCCUAUCGAUCCUCCCCAUCAGGAACACUCGCCCAACGGCGGCGAAGGAGCUGAUUCGGCUGCGCAGACCCUGGUGCAGCCUUUGGCGCGUGAAGAGCUCGAGGCAGGAGAAGACUCUGCCAAUAAUUUUUUUGCCGCCCUCUCAGCCA